CCGGCUCACUCUGUCCAGACCUGUUUCACCGGCGAUAACCUGCCGGCCGUAUGCGUCGACCAAAGCCUAUGCCCGCCGUCAGCGGCGGACGACCUAUCGGACCGACAGGUGUACACGUCGUCCAACUGUACCGAUGAGCGCCAGGUGUGUUGCCCUAUGCGAGACGUGAAUGGCCAUGGUGGUCUCGACGCGUUUAUUGUGCCAAGGUGGGACUGGCAAGAGUGGCUACAGAACUGGACGUAUAGGCCGCCCACCCCUAUACCCCAUCCCAAUGUACCGCCGUAUCCGCCCGCGUCGGGCAGUGUUGUACUGCCACCCUAUCCGGGCCAGGGUGAAGUGCCACCGCCGUCGGUUGUCCAGGCUAAUAUCAGCGUAAUUAGUCAGCCAGCCACAUCAUCCACACCAGCGUCCGUGCCAAGUGCCCCCGGUGCUCCAGUCGGUGGUGUAACAAGUUGCGGCGCCCGCACCAACAUCGUCCAAAAGGACAUCGAAAUGCAAGAGAAUUUGGGUUUCAUCGUGGGCGGACAGGUGGCACAGGCCAACACCUGGCCCUGGGUUGUGGCCGUGUACUCGAGCGGGCGAUUUAUAUGCGGCGCUUCAUUAAUAGAUAAAGAUCACGUGUUGUGCGCCGCCCACUGCGUGUCCCACGGGGGGCGCAUUACUCGCGCCGAACAGAUCCAGGUGCAAAUUGGUGCUCAUGAUCGACGCGGCUCCGGCCAGUACUACAAAGUGGAUAAGAUUGUGGUUCACUCAGGCUAUAACGAGCGUAUUAUGCAAAAUGAUAUAUCCAUGUUCAAGUUGGGCUCACCGGUUAGCUUUGGUAAAACAGCGGCCCCGGUAUGCCUGCCGCCCAAUACGGCCAGUUGUCCCGAUAGUACCAAGAUGAAUGCAUACCUGGCCGGUUGGGGCACUACAUCAGCUGGUGGCUCGACUAGUAAUGAGCUCCGGGAGGUUACGGUACCCACUAUACCUUUAAAGGACUGCCAACGUGCCUAUGAUUCAAAUAUGGUGACCACCAAGCAGAUUUGCGCCGGUUUUUUGGGACAGGGUGGUAAGGAUACCUGUCAGGGUGAUUCUGGAGGACCAAUGGUGGUGAAAAUGGAUGCCAAAGUGAAUCAGUACUAUCAGUGCGGUAUAGUGUCGUGGGGCAGGGGCUGUGCCGAAGCGAGAUAUCCUGGCGUUUAUACCAAAGUGUCUGAAUAUCUCGACUGGAUUAGAGCGAACAAAGUU